AUGUCCACUACAUCACUGAAACAUCGUGAAUUCAUUUCUGAGCCAAUGGGUGAAAAGGAAGUGACCGCAGUGGCUGGGAUUGGUCCAGCAUAUGGUGAAAAGCUUACCAAAGCAGGCUUUGAUAAGGCAUAUGUACUGUUUGGACAGUUUCUGCUUUUGAAGAAGGACAAAGAACUUUUCAUCGAUUGGCUGAGGUCUAAUCCUUAUCCGUUCAUCUUUCAGGAGGUGGCUAGUGUAUCAUCACACCAUGCAACAUCCGCCUACAAUUGUUUCAAGGAAUGGAGUGAGCAGUUCAUUUGA